UUAAGUACUGCUAAAGUGACAUAGAAUUAAUAAUGAUUAUCAUAACUUCCAUUGCAGAUCUGUUUGAAUUGUGGAAAUGGACUCUAUGUGAAGGUUUUUACUCAAAAUGGCAGGAGUGGCAUGCUGUCUCAUCCCAACAGCCUAGUCAGACAGAAGCGAGAAUGGACAGUUCCUCCAGCUUUCAUACGGGAAGAGGAGGACAAUUCCUAUAAGAAUCCAAUUGCUAGAAUACAUUCUGAUCUUGAAGAUACAGGGGUAGUGGUAACUUACACUAUAUCUGGUCAAGGAGUAACAGAACCCCCUUAUGGAUUAUUUGUUAUCAAUGGAAAGACUGGAGACCUGAACAUAACAGGAAGGGUUGACAGAGAAAAGACUCCAAUGCUGCUUCUCAGAGGUCAUGCACUAGAUAAGAAUGGAGCAAAACUGGAAGAGCCAAUAGACCUCCCAAUUAAAAUUGUGGAUAUAAAUGACAAUUUUCCAGUGUUUUCACAUGAAGUUUUUGUUGGUUCAAUUGAAGAAUUAAGUGAAACAGGUACAAUUGUAAUGAGGAUAAAUGCAACAGAUGCAGAUGAACCAAAUAACCUAAAUUCCAAAAUUGCUUUCAGGAUCAUUUCCCAAAGCCCUAGCGCUGCAUUCAGCAUGAAUAAGGAUACUGGCGAGGUUCGAGUAGCAAAAAUAAACCUUGACAGAGAGACACAAAGUAGCUAUUCUUUGGUGGUGGAAGCAAAAGACCGUGGUGGUGAAUUAGGUGGGAAUGCUGCAACAUGUUCUUUACAAAUCAAGAUUUUGGAUGUCAACGACAAUCUACCUGUGGUUGAAAGUCGUGAAUUUGAAGGAAGCGUUGAAGAAAACAGAGCAAAUGUGGAAAUCAUGCGAAUAAAAGUAUUUGACAAAGAUGAAGAGUUUUCUGAUAACUGGCUGGCGAACUUUUCAUUUGUUUCUGGCAACGAAGGUGGCUUUUUUCGUAUAGAAACAGAUACCCAAACAAAUGAAGGAAUUUUGACUCUUGUGAAGGAGCUGGAUUAUGAAAAAAUGCAAAACCUGAACUUGGGCAUUGUUGUUACAAACAAAGCAGAGUUCCACAAGUCAAUUAAACACAGUUACAAAGCACAAACAAUUCCAAUCAAAAUUAGUGUGAUUAAUGUGCGGGAAGGCCCUGUAUUUCCUGGUGGCACAAAAAUUAUUGAAGCAAGUGAAAAACUGCAGAUAAGAGAUGUUAUUGGACAGUAUCAAGCCUAUGAUGAAGACACUGGGAAAAUAGCAGAGCGCAUUACAUACAUGAAAGGAAGAGAUACAGCAAACUGGAUCACAAUAGACUCAGUCACAGGUGAAAUCCGACUUGCCAAACAACUUGAUUAUGAAUCGUCUCAUGUAGUAAAUGGUACCUACACUAUCACCAUGCUGGGUGUAACUACUGAUUCUCCUAAGAAAACAGUCACCGGCACAGUUGUUAUUCAAGUUAAAGAUGAGAAUGAUAACUGCCCAGUUAUUGUGAACCCUGUGCAGACUGUGUGUUCAGAUGCAAAAUUCAUUGAUGUUACGGCUAAUGAUUUGGAUGGUUAUCCAAACAGUGACCCCUUCAGCUUUACUGUUAUUGAUGAGCCAGAAGGGACAGCAAAAAAAUGGAUAAUUGUAUCCAAAAAUGGCACCAGCAUACAGCUGGUACCACAAAACCUGAAGCUGGGCAGAACUGAAGUCCCCAUCCUAAUAAAGGAUUUCCAGGGGUUCAGCUGUGCUCAAGCACAGUCUCUGCAACUGACUGUCUGUAAUUGUGAGAAUGGCGCAUGCAAAGAAAAGUUUAUUGGCGCUAAGUCCGUGGGUCUGGGACCAGGAGCAGUUGCACUAAUCAUCUUGGCGUUUUUACUUUUGUUGCUUAUUCCACUGUUACUGCUGCUGUGUCCCUGUGGCUCAGGAGCGAAGGGAUUUGCUGCGAUACCAGACUAUAGUGAAGCAAUGUUGCGUCAGUGGAACAGCGAAGGAGCAGCUCCUGAGGAAAAGCCGGUGCUGAGCUUCAUCCCACCCAGUGCACUGGAGAGCUCGAGAGGAGCAGCAACAGCAGCAGCAGCAGCAGCAGCAGGAAUGAGUGGAGAGGAUACUGCAGCAGGAGGCAGCAGCUCUGCCUCCCAUGUAAGAGAGCAUCGCAACACUAUUACCAAGGAAGCCUGGGAAGAGCAAAGGCAUCUCCUUUCUGCUGCUGAGUAUGGAGCCAUGGCAGCUGGAGGGUCUGAAGGCAUGACAGGUGUAGAAGGCAAGACAGUGGUGACUGGAGGAGGAAGUGCAAUGGGAGCAGCAGGAGCCAUGAAUGAAGAAUUUUUAAGAGACUACUUCAAUGACAAAGCUGUCUCUUUUGCGGAUGAAGAUGAAACCCAAGCUGCAAAUGACUGUCUCCUGGUUUAUUCCCAGGGAGAGUCAGGCUCCCCCCAUGGCUCCAUUGGCUGCUGCAGCUUUAUUGAGGGUGAUCUUGAUGACCAUUUCCUUGAUGAUUUAGGAGACAAAUUUAAGACUUUAGCAGAAAUAUGCAUAGGCAGACACAUCAACAUGAAAGACGGUAUCUCCAGGAAUGAAUCAGGUUUUGGUCUUAAUGAUGCAAAGUUGGGGUUCUUAGAUCAGCAGAAUGCUUCCAAUUCUGAACAAGCCUUUGCCUCAGGCAGCCAAUUCCAGCCUGCCUCACCGGUGCACAUGGGUAGUGGCGCAGGACAAAGCACCCUGUCCAAGGAGGUGGUCACGGAAACCUUUGCAUCCCGCUCUGGGCAGCAUGACGUCCGGCCCCUUCCCACAGCCCACACAGAGACCAAUUUCACCAUGACGGAAACAUCGUAUUCUGCAGGGGCUCCUGCCCGCUCAGCCACAGUCUUUCUAGACCCCCAGUUAAAGGAAAACAUAGUGGUGACAGAGAGAGUGCUGGCACCUGCGUCGAGCUUGCAGGGUAUGGUGGAAAUCCCUGCUUUGCCACAUGGAAGUAAUGUGGUGGUUACAGAGAGAAUGGUGAAGUCGGAGAGUGCUGGGCCAGGAGCCCUGAUGGUUCAGGAUCUCCCCGAUUCCCAGUACGUCGUGGUGAGGGAGCGGGAGAGGGUGCUUGUGCCUGCUGCAGAGCAGGGCUCACUCAGCUUCCCCACUGUGGCAGAGGGGCACAGCAUGGUGGUGACAGCCUCUGGAAUGCAGAGCAGAGCUGAACAGGCAGCAGGUGCCAGCCCAGGCAGGCAAGAGCAUGUGUUGAUCACAGACUCCCUGCUUAACCAGGCAGGCUCCAACUUUGAGGGGCCACCUCCCGCCAGUGCCACACUGAGCAAGUCUUCAAGGGUCACCAAAUACAGCACGGUGCAGUACACUCGCUCAUAGCCUGUCCCCUUGCAGGCGUGGUGGUGUCUGGCACCCUUGUGCCCGUGUGCAUCUCGCCUCAGGCUUUUUCUUGAGACCUGGGUUUGCUGGAGCUUUCACAGUGACAAGGACACAAUUGCGGUAGUCCUCGUAAACAAGGAUUAUGACCAGGAAGCUAGUAAAGAAAUCUGAUGUUGUUAUUAAGUAACAUUGGCAGCCAUGCUUUUGAAGUGGAAAGAUGUGGGAAAUACAUUUUUUCUCUUGUCUGCUAUUUUUGUAAUUGCUUUUUAUUAAUUAGUGUAAUAAUACCACAUAACCACAACUACAUAAUUAUGGUAAAGCAGAAAAAAAAGUCUAAAAUCUAGUGGUGGAUAGUAGUGUGCAAAGCAUAAGUUAGUUUUCUGAACUGCUGUGUAGUCUGUCUGCUGAAGUCCCUGCUAAGGAGCAUCAGUUUCUCAUUGUGCAUUUGUGGGCCAGGGCAGCUUCCCCAGAGCUGCAGCUGCAGAUCUCUGCACUUCGGUGAAUUGCUAAGAAAUACCUCCUUCCUGAGAAGCCCAGGCCACCAAAGUGUGCACGUCCUGAGGGCAGCGGUGUGUUGAUCUCCUGGAGGGAUGUCACAACUUAGGUUAUCAGCAUUUGUACCUUAAGCAAUCAAUACUUGCAUAUUAGCACAGGGGUUAAAGAGAGCAAGUAGAAAAAAGCUGAGAACUGCAGUUUUUUGGUACCGCGAUGUAAGAAUUCCAUGACUUGGUGAUGGUCUAGGCUGACAUGGGCAAGUAAGCAUUUGCAUCAUACAGAUUUUUCACCGACUUCUAAUCAGUCCUUUAAUAAUGUAUGAGAAACAGCCAAAACUUAGCUUUAGAGUCAGAGGUUCAGUCAGUGGCUUUGCUAGCAAAGUUUAUGGCUCUUCGACAUCUGUGGGAUCUGAUUUACAAGUGCAAUUAACAAAGUGAUUUUAGUUCUGUCUGUGAACUUACAAGCACAGAAAUGUAGCCUGCUGUGUGUGUUUGAGGUUCUGCUGGCUCCAGUACCAGAGCUCAGGUGGCCUAUGUAGUGUCAUAUAAUGGCAGCUUUCCUUAGCGCUGACAAAAGACAGCUGCCUUUAAGUCUGCAGCACUUUCCGUGAAGUUUGUGGUAGAAGCAGAAGACAGUACUGCACUGUUUGGCACUAUGUAUAUAUGCACAUGUAAAUAUUUGUAUGCAGUUUGAAACAUUUUAAAGUGGAUUUUAUAAAGGAAAAACUGUUGUACGCUUGUCAUGUUUUCUCAGAGUAGAAAGAAAUAUUUUUCAUUAGGUAUUGGUGCUGUGUUUAUCUCAUACUUGUAAAAUUAGCCAUCUGGUCAUACAGUCCUGCAAAGCCCAUGCACCCGCAGAGCUUUAUGGUUAUCUCCAUCUCUCCUGGAGUUUUCCUGCAGCUGCAGUGUUACGUUUUCCACUGAUACAUUUGCCUUUUACUAGAAAUGUUUUCAAUGUAUUUGAUUUUACUGAUAGGGAU